AUGAAGGCGUCGGGCUACGGCUCGCUGCGACGGACGGGGGCAAGCAAGGAGGCGGCCGAGCAGAAGAAGAAGGAGAAGGAGGAGAGGAAGAUGGAGGCCCGCGAGGAGAAGGAACGCGAAAAGAACGAAGCGCGGCAGGAGAAGAAAGAGAAGAAGAACGCGAAAGCGAAGGAUGGAGACGCCAAGAAGAACGAAGGGGGCGGGGGCGGAGGGAAUGUGUUGACGCGAAGCAUCUCGUUCAAGCGGAGCACUUCGAUCAAGGCCCUCCUCGGGCUCAAGGGGGCGGGAGGCGAGGCCGCCCCCCCGGCCGAUCCCAACAAAAUCGUUUCCGUCAAACUGGCCGACGACAACGAAGAUGAAGAUGAAGAGGGCGAAGAUCGAAAAUCGGAAGAGGUCGGGGGAGGAGAGAAGAUGGAGAUUUUGGCGGCAAAGACGAACGAUGAUCACAUGGCCAAGCAGAAGAAGGGCCGGACCAAGAGCGUGGGCGGAGAAGAUGAUGAGCCCAGGAAGCCUUCGCAUAAAUCCAAGAACAAGAAGGACAAACACCUCAAGACCUCGGCAUCCCACUCCCCCUCCUCGCAACACAUCAACGCCACCGGCUCCUCCUCUACUUCCACAUCUACCACAACUACGACUACUUCUUCCGGCUACUCGCAGUCAUCUUCUUCGCUCUACCACUCGGCCACGACCUCUACGGCGUCACCCCUCGCCUCAUCCUCCGCGGCCUCCACCCGGGGCGGCAAGAAGGCCGCCGCCGCCGCCGCCGCCAACAAGAGCAACAGCAAGAAGAAGCGGGAGUCGUGGGUGGGCACCAUCUCCAGGGUCGAGAAGCUGCUCCAGACCGACGCCGCGUCGCCGUCGCCGGACGCCGCCGCAGCGACCAAGGGCGCUCACCCCGUCCGCAUCGUGGUAGUGGGCCGCUCGUGUGGCAAAUCCUGUAUGAUUGCCCACCUCACAACGGGCAAGUUCGUCAAGUCACCCAAACCCACCACCCAAGACCUGGUGCAGCACACGGUGCCACUCGAUGGCGUGCAGUACGACGUCAGCAUCCUCGAAAUCGGCUCCUCCGCUUCGUCCAAGAAGGUCUUCCCCAAGUGCUUCGGCUGGGCCGACUGUUUCAUGCUCGUGUACAGCAUCGCGGACUCGAAGUCGUUCCACGAGCUCAAGAAGCUGUACAAGGAGAUUAUGCUCGUAGAGGACGCCGCCUCUCUUCCCUUUUGCAUUGUCGGCACACACAGCGACCUCGAGGGAGACGCCAGGGAGGUACUCACGGCCGAGGGACGAAGUCUAGCACACGAGUGGGGCGGGCGGCCGCUGGUGGAGAUCUCCUCGAAGACCGGCCGCAACGUCGACAAGGCCUUCGACACCCUCGUGCGCGAGGCGCGCGACUUUGGCAAAGACAAAGGGUUGGCGCAUCCGUUGCACGCACACAUCGAGCGAGGCCAGAAGUGGGUGGAGGAGAAGAAGGCCAAGAAGGAGAUGGAGAUCCAGCGCGAGCGGCUCGAGCACGCCAAGAAGGCCGCCGGCAGCGCGUUCGCCCUCAUCGGCCAGCGCGAGCGGCGCAGCGUCCGUGAGGGCUCGUUGCGCGGCCUCGCGGGCGGGUCGCCCACGAACUACCCCGAGGCGAUGACCAGCUCCGGAAGCGAGAUCCGAUCGCGGCUCGCCUCCGACAGCAGCGGCCGCGUCGCGCUCAACCUCAACCUCCCCAGCAACGGCAGCUCGUCGUCGUCGUCGCACGCGCGGCCCCGGGGGGUCGAUCUCGUCAAGGAGUGCGAGGGCUACGUCAUCGAGGGCGGCCAGUGUCGCUCCGAGCUCCUCUCACCUCGGACGAAGCUGAAGCGAUUGGCGGGGAGCAAACGGAACAAGCGGUGGUACAGGGAAUAUUUCCACAACCAGAGCCACACCAACUGGGUGGGGGUCGACCCCAAGCUGGGCCCCGUCAUCGUUUCGAUCCUCGAGGAGAAGGGCACCAGCAGCAGCAAGUCCUACAACGUCCGCGUCGUGUCCCGCACCAAAUAUGGAGUGAAAACAAAGUUUCUGACGAAGGAGGACGUCGGAUCGGCGAAGAUGAAGACCUCCAAGGUGCUCCAGCUGGCCGAGGACGGCCUCAACCCCGACUGCAUGAAGAAGGUCAAGGACCCCAAGCUCAAAGAGGACCUCCUCAAAUUCGAAGACGAAUCCCGGGUGACGCGGUUCAAGUUCGGAGUGCUGUAUCAGCGAGCGGGGCAGGUGCGAGAGGAGGACAUGUUUGCCAACCAGGACCCAUCACCCGGCUUCAAGAAGUUCCUCCACUACCUGGGCGACGAAAUCGAACUCAAGGGCUGGGACAAGUACAGCGGCGGGUUGGACACGGAGGGGCGAGAGGGCAAGAAUUCGAUCUACAUGCUGCGCAAGGACUACGAGAUCAUGUUCCACGUCAGCACCUACCUGCCCUUUUCCACCAAGAACGACCAGCAGGUCGAGCGCAAGAAACACAUCGGCAACGAUGUGUGCGUGAUCAUUUUCCAGGAGGACGACCAGUGCGUGUUCACUCCGACGGAGAUCACGUCCGACUUCAACCACGUGUUCAUGGUCGUGCGCGAGGAGCUCGACCACAGCAAUGACACAAACGACUUUGGCGGCGGCGGCGGCGGCGGGAGUUCCAUCGACAGCACGACCACGACGCCCAGCGGCAAGCAGCACGGCCGCAAGGACAAGGAGAAGGAGAAGGACACGUCCGAGGACCGAAACAGCAACAACAGCGGCUACGGCGGCCGCAACGUGGGCGGGAGCGGCGUGUACGACUCGAGCGGCUACGGCGGCGGCGGGAGCGGGAGCGGGGCGCUGAGCCCAGAGAGCGGCGGCGGGAGCGGGGUGCGGGCGGUGCGGAGCCCGAGCAGUCGAGGCGGCGGAGGCGGAGGCGGCGGCGGUGGGGUGAACAACACGGGGCGGACGCGGUACCGGGUGGCGAUCACGCAGAAGGAGGGCGUGCCACCAUACGGACCCCUCAUCGCCUACCCGCCCGUCUACGAGGCCGUCAUGCCCCGAUUCCGCUCCAUACUUCUCAAAAAACUGAUCAACGCGCACAACGCGGCGUACGAGGCACCGGCGUUCCUGACGAGACGACUCAAGAUGCGGGAAAUCGCCCUCCUCGACAUCGCCCAGAAAUACGUCCGAGUACACACGUGA